AUGGACUCCACAGUGACUUUCCUGAUCUCCAUUGGACUGUGCCUGCACUGGGAGAUUACAGCAGAGAUGGAUGCCCUUUUCAGGCCGACCCUUUGGGCUGACCCAAGCCCUGUGGUACCGGAGGGAGGGAAUGUGAUCCUCAGGUGCCAGGGAGGACUGGAGAGUGACAGAUUCCAGCUCUGGAAGGAUGGAGAACUCAGAGCGGAGAGAAAUGACUCGUGGUCACAGGCAGACUUUGUGCUCAAGAAAGUGAAUUCCAUCAAAGAUGCGAGAAGCUACAGGUGCCGCUCUGGGCAGGGACCCUUGUGGUCAGAGCUCAGUGACUCCCUGAUCCUUGUGGUGACAGCAGGCCUCCCCACACCCAGCAUUUUGUCUUCACAUGGCUUCCCAGUAUCUCCAGCAACAACAGUGACAUUCUGGUGCCAAAUGCCAUCACUGUCAUCCUCUCACGACUACAUUUUUGCCCUCCUGGAGGCAAAGAGCCUGGAGCCCUUGCAGCUGCAAAGUCCUGCAGAGAGCCAAGCUGCUUUCUCACUUCCAUAUGUGAAGGCUGAGGACUCUGGGAGCUACAGCUGUAUUUACUACAGGAAGACACCCCCCUACAGAGGGUCGAAUCCCAGCCUGGCUCUGGAGCUGACUGUGUCUGGACCACUCCCCAAGCCUACACUCUGGGCCAAAGCUGACCUUGUGGUGGCCCCAGGGACCAACAGCACUCUGUGGUGCUCAAGACCCAGGCUGUCUUCUCUUAAGGAAGUGACUUUCACUCUGCAGAAGGCUGGGACCCCGGGGCCCUUACAGCAGCAGCCCUCAGCAGAUCUCUGGACAGACUUCUCCCUUCCUUCGGUGACACCUGGGGACACUGGGAGCUACAGCUGUACUUACAAGGACAGGACAGCCUCUGGUAGAGAAUCAGUGCCCAGUGAUGCCCUGGAGCUGGUGGUGCCAGGAUCUCUGCCCAAGCCUUCCCUCUCAGCCCUCCCAAACCUGGUGGUGGAGCCUGGGCAGCAUGUGACUCUCCAGUGCAGGCAGCCCCCUCGGUCAGCAUUCUGGAGAGCGACAUUUGCUCUGCUGAAGGUGGGCAGCCCUCAGCCCCUGCAGAGCCAGAGCCCAACUGGGACCUCUGCUGUCUUCCCCUUCCUCUCUGUGAGAGCCCAGGAUACUGGCAACUACACCUGUGUCUACUAUGGGAGGAUGGCUCCAUACCAAGUGUCUGAGCCCAGUGAGGUUCUAGAGAUCCAGGUGACAGAUCAUCUCCCCAAGCCUUCCCUCUCUGCCUCACCUGGACAAGAGGUGGUCUCAGGAACCAAUGUGACCCUCCUUUGCUGGGGACCUUCAUGGGCUACAAGGUUUAUUCUGUACAAGGAGGGAGUUGAGGAAAUCCCACAUAGCAUGGAAGCCCAUGAAGAUCGGGGCCAGUUCCUCUUGAGUCAUGUGACCCCCAAGCACUCUGGCAAUUACAGCUGCAGCUAUCAGCUGGGCACCAAUAAAAGUCUCUGGAAACAACGUAGUGAUGCCAUGGAGCUUCUAGUAAGAGAUCCCAGUAACAACUUCAUCAUCAUCCUCCUCAGCUGUGUUUCCUUUCUUCUCCUCCUCCUCUGCCUUCUCCUGUUUGCAUUCCUCUGCCAUGGAUCCAUUCCUAUGGGGUUUUUGUGGGGAUGCAGCCUUCAGAGCUGUUUUUGUUGCUCUUGCCUUACUUGGAGGACCUGCCUGCCUCAUCAUCCUGAGGCACCCAGAGAUGAAAGCCCAUAUUCAGAAAUUGCCAAGGACAGAACAGGGGAACUAUUCGUCCCCAGGGCUGAAGGCCCACAGGAAGUAACAUACAGUCAGCUGAAUUUAAGAACCUUGAAUAAAAAAAAAGGGGCUGCUAAAGAGAUACCCACAGAACCUAUAAUCUAUGACGCUGUAUAUUUAGACUAAAGAUUUGGGAAUCUAUCUAACAAAGGAAAGUCAGGAAUUAUA